UGUGUUGAGGCGCGGUGCUGCUGCUGCUGCUGCUGCUGCAGGAGGAGCGUCCGUCCGUCCGCUGCCUGCAGAGCAGAGCAGAGCAGAGCUGUGAUGUGCGGCCGCCUUAUUUGUCUCCUGGCUGCUCCAUUUUUCCACAUCUAAUCCCAUUUGCAAAAACCACAGAGGAGACACAUUCUUUAAGAAGGGCGACCUCCAUGCAGGCGGUGGAGGAGGUGAAACACUGUGUGAGUCUUUGAACUGAGAUGGGGAAGGUGUUAACUCAUUUCUGUGACUAUCUACAUGGUUUCUGGAGAUGCAGGUGCCUACAGAGGAUGCCCUUUCACUGACUGGAUAGAGGCAGUUGGGUUUCAGGAUGCGCUCCCUGAGAAAGACGGUGUUGCUGGCCAUCCUGGCGUCUGUGGUGCUGGUGCUGGCCCUCCUCCAUUCAUGGCCCACUCGGGCUUACACCACAGUGGAUGUGUGGCAGCGGCCAAUUGUGGAAAGGCAUCUGGAGGAGAGGCUCCCAGAACUAGACCACCGAUUAGGCAACAUCCCCUUUCACGUGAGGGACAGUGUGGCAAGCUUGUUGGCACGCAAUGGAUGCGUGUGUGAGGGUGAGAGUGGAGGAGUGAACCUGCCCUUCGCCCAACUCUUGUUCCCGCGGGUGUCAGCUCACCCGCUGCACACCGCCUUCGAGGCCUCCGAGCUGGAAGAAAUGAAGAAGAGACGGGCCAAAGAGUACCAGAGUUUCCAGAAGAGGUCACAGACAACUGCAGAUCUUCUCAUCAUUGCAGAGGCUAACAAUCCCUUACAGUAUCCAACACAGGGGGUGGAGGUACGGCCCAUGAGAACAAUCAUCAUCCCAGGCUUGGCCUUACACGACCUUCCCAGAGACCACUACUCAAUAAACAUCACUGCCACGAUGGGAACGCUGAACGUGGCAGCAGAGGCGGACGGAGUGAAAAUCAAAGGUGAUGGCGAGAUGCACAUGACUCUGUCGAGCAGCCUCCUGCCGAACCUGAACCGACAGCUGCAGUUUGUCACCUACACGAACACGCUGUUCCACCCCAGCACAGCUGACACAGUGCAGUUUGAGACAGAGGGGCAUCAAGCCAGCUUCAGUAUCAAGAUUCGUCACGGUGUAACACCCAAACUGUACAACACAGGAUCCAACGGAGAGUACAACGUCAGUGCCCUCGUUACCAUAGCUACGAAGACUUUCCUGCGUUAUGAUAAGCUCCAAGAUCUUAUCGACAGCGUGAGGAGAUACUAUCCCACCAUCACCAUAGUGAUCGCUGAUGACAGCGAAAACCCCAAGACCAUUUCUGGGCCUUACAUCGAACAUUACAUCAUGCCUUUUGGAAAGGGUUGGUUUGCUGGACGAAACCUGGCCGUCUCUCAGGUGACCACGAAGUACGUGCUGUGGGUGGACGACGACUUCAUCUUCACAGCCAGCACCAAGCUGGAGAAGCUGGUGGAUGUUUUAGAGAGAACCACUCUGGAUCUGGUGGGUGGUGCAGUGCGGGAGGCCACAGGUUACACCGCCACCUACAGACAGACCAUCUCCAUUGAGUCAGGGGAGGAGGACGGCGACUGUUUACACAUGAGGAGAGGAUUUCAUCACGUCAUCCAAGGCUUCCCCAACUGUGUUGUGACUGACGGGGUCAUCAACUUCUUCCUGGCUCGCACCGACAAAGUCCAGCAGGUCGGCUUUGACCCGCGCCUCGCCAGGGUCGCUCACCUUGAGUUUUUCAUCGACGGCCUAGGAUCUCUCCACGUGGGCUCUUGUGAUGAUGUCAUCGUCAACCAUGCCACCAAAAUCAAACUCCCCUGGGUCAGCCAGUCAGAGAGCGACAAGACGUACGCCAAGUUCCGCUACCCGCCGGCCUCCUCCGACGCCACACACACGAAAAACGGCCUCCUGUUCUUCAAGAACCGAUUCCAGUGUUUGACUCAUAAUUAGCUCCUCUCCUCUUGAUCCUGAGGGUUCCUCUGCUCCUCCUGAGUUGCCAAAGAAGUUCUCUUCCACCAUGUCCCGUCAGAUAAGAUCUCACACACACACUUUGGUUGGCCUUUUCUUGAAAACGAGAGGUUUCAGGCGCCAUCGGAGCAGUUUUAGCAUGUUCAUUCUGUCAGUGCUAAAAAGUCCUCACACACAGUAAAUAACCUGAAGCCAGAUAUGAAAGCCCAGGCUCUCUUAGUACAGAAUCAGCUGUAGUAAAAAAGAUAUCAUUGUUUAUGCAGACCCAAUUAAAGCUUCAGUAGGCAACCAUUUUUUGGCAUCAUUGGGCAAAAAUUCCAUAAUAACCUUUCAGCAUAUUGUAAUUCAAGUGUUCUGAGAGAAAACUAGACUUCUGCACCUCAU